GUGUCCGCAUGUGGGUGGUGGGAGGCAUACAAAGCUCCGACCACUGGCGACCGCACCUUACUAAUUACUAUAAGGAGGCGAAAGCGACAACCGGGGUGGGGAGGGGCGGGGCGAGCUCGCCGAAGACGAAGAACUAGUCGUCGCCAUUCCCGGAGCGAACCAAACCCUAAUUUCCCUAAACCUAACCCUAACCCUACCACGAGAGAGAGAGAGAGAGAGAGAGAGAGGGAGGGAGGAAGGAUCUGGAGAUCGGAGCGAUGUCGAUCGAGACGGAGCGGAGCUCGACGGAGUCGGAGGUCUCGGGCCUCGACUACGAGGAGACGGCGUUGACCCUCGGGCUCCCCGGCGGCGCCAGAGCCGCCGGAUCCGACCCGGAGCGGAAGCGCGGCUUCUCCCAGACCGUAGAUCUGGCACUCGGCACCUCCCGGAACGAUCCACGCGGCGGAGGCAGCGGCCGCGGCGGCGGCGGCGGAGGAUCCUCCGGCGACCGCUCCGAUGAGUCCCUGGAUCGCGAGGUCUCCCGCUCCGAGAAGCCCCCGGCUCCCAAGGCGAGGGUGGUGGGGUGGCCCCCAGUGAGGUCGUACCGGAAGAACGCGCUGAAGAGCUGCACCUUCGUGAAGGUGGCGGUGGACGGGGCGCCGUACCUCCGGAAGGUGGAUUUGGAGGUGUACGGCGGGUACGAGCAGCUGCUGAGCGCGUUGCAGGAGAUGUUCUCGUGCUUCACUAUUCGUAAUUAUCCGAACGAGGAGAGAAAGUUGGUGGAUCCUGUGAACGGGACAGAGUACGUGCCUACGUAUGAGGACAAGGACGGCGACUGGAUGCUCGUCGGAGAUGUGCCGUGGAAAAUGUUUGUGGAGUCCUGCAAGCGUAUUCGUCUAAUGAAAAGCUCUGAGGCUAUUAACCUAGCACCAAGAGCCCCUCGCUGAUGAACGCCACCUUGAUCCUUGACGGAGAAUUACUUAUCCAAGAGUGAAACCUUUUAUCGAAGGAGCCGGGAUCGCAAUUGGGCCCGAGUUCUUCAUGUGAGAUAAAACCGUGUGCAGGCGUCGACUUCUCUUUGAGUUGAUCAGAAAAGAGAGGUCCUAGUUAUUACAAUUAGUCGCUGUUUUACGCAAAGUAUACUUUAGAAAAUGGAAGUUACAUUUAUAUAUACGUUAGCAGUUUGUCUCCUUAUUAAUAAGAUCAAAAGUACAGAAAUGCCAAACUAUAUAGUAGCUGUAAGGAUUGGUGUUGCCCUGUUGUUCAUGCAGUGGGCAGAGAGGCCUCUGGCCCUUUUGUUUGAUACAAUAUUUUCUCCAGUGAAGUGAUGGUUUUAUUCCGAGUCUUAGUUGAUUCUCUUCAA